AUGGCUGGUGAAGUUCAUUCUACCAGACUUUUUCGUAUCGAAUCAGAUCCCACUGUAUUGCCUUCAGAAUUAUUCUGUCAGACGAUAUGGCACAAGCCCGAGUUUUACAACAAUAUUACCGAAUUAUUACCCGACAGUCCUGUGUGCGAAGUUUCUCUGACAGACUGCGCCAGGUUCUGGGAGGCUAAGAUUUUGAUCCGUCAUCUAAUUGAAGGCACAACUUCUGGCAUAUCAAAGGACUCUACGGAAAAACGCUUCAGGGUCAUUCAUGGACUAUUGAGUGGGCAGAGAGUAGUAGACAGCAGGCCCUGUCAACUUAGAGUCAACAGUCAAUACGAGCUCGUGUUUGCUGUUGAAGGACGAGAAGAUUCUAGUGAAUCGAGCCAUGAUGGACAUCUGGCUGCUGUCGUCGACAUAUGGAAGCUUCGAUUACAUCCAGCGAACGAUCGAUCGUUGCCAAUUAUGUGGAAGGGGUUGCUGAAUAACGCGAUUAAUCAGAUUAAUUUUGUUGAGGAAUCGAAUUCAAAACUCAUGGAACAGCUAAAGGAGAAUGACGUGCGUGUUAGCGAAAUGACAAAUGCGUUGACUAGAAUGACUGCGGAGGAACGCGAGAAGGAAUUGUUCGAUCAGUUCUCUGUUGUAUUAAACGCAAAGAAAAAGAAAAUUAGGAGGUUGCUGAGGUUGCUGAAAAAUAAAGGCAUGGCAACAGACGAUAUAGCAGAGGAAGUACCGAUGGUAGUCGACGAAAUACCCGAAAAGAGCAAGACUACGAAAAGAAAAACGGCACCCAAACGUGCUACUGCUAGUAGACGCGGGCGUAAUAGGACAGAUAGUGAUAUGACAAUUAUCGGCGAACCACUCGUUGAUAUAGUAGAAACAAAUUCUGCGGAUCCUCCGUCGACAAUGGAUGAAUCAGAGAUAUAA